AUGUUUGUCAUACCAGUUCAAGAAGCUGAACCAGCAAUUUCUCAGCCCAGAAAUUUCAAGUGGUGGCUCCGCAUCGCCAUCUACACACUCUUUGUUAUGCUUGGCCAGUCAGCAGCUAUACUCUUGGGACGACUGUACUACAACAAAGGUGGGAAAAGCAUUUGGAUGGCAACCCUAGUGCAAUUUAUAGGGUUCCCAAUCCUAAUUCCUUACCACUGUCUCUCAUCAUCCAAAAAGAUCACUACAGAAAGCAAUGUGAACCUGCUAUCUUCAUCAGUUCUUGCAUUGAUCUAUCUCUCUUUUGGUGUACUACUAGCAGCAGAUAGCAUGCUGUAUUCCAUUGGACUAUUGCACCUUCCAGUUUCAACAUUUUCACUCAUUUGUGCAUCUCAGUUGGUCUUCAAUGCUUUCUUUUCCUUCUUCCUCAAUGCACAAAAGUUCACACCUUACAUUGUCAAUUCCCUAGUCCUUCUCACCAUCUCCUCCAUGUUACUUGUGUUUCACGCCACCUCCAUGAAUGUAGCUGGAAUUUCCAAAGAGAUGUACAUAAUGGGAAUCGUGUGCACUGUUGGUGCAUCUGCUGGCUAUGGUUUGAUGUUUUCCCUUACACAGGUAGCCUUCCAAAAAGUUCUAAAGUCUAAUACAUUUACUGCUGUGUUAGAAAUGAUAAUCUUCGAAUCUGUAGUUGCAACCUGUGCUACCCUAGUUGGACUUUUCGUCAGCAACGAGAAGAAGGGUUUAAAGAGAGAAAUGGAGGAGUUUGAGCUUGGGAGGCUGUUCUACUUUGUGACUUUGGUUUGCACAGCUGCAGCAUGGCAAGCUUUCAAUAUUGGCGCAAUAGGGCUGAUUUUUGAGGUUUCGGCCUUGUUUUCAAAUGUUACAUGUGUUUCGGGCUUGCCAUUUGUUCCAGUUCUCGCAGUUAUAUUCUUCAAUGAUAGUAUGGAUGGAAUAAAGGUUAUUGCAACAGUGUUGGCAAUCUGGGGAUUUGCUUCAUAUCUCUAUCAGCACUAUCUUGACAAUUCGGACUCCAACCCAGAAAUUAAACCUGUAACAGAAAUUUCAAUGAUUCCUUUGCUGAAAGAGACCAACUGCUGA